GUGGGCGGGCCUACAACGUCCCCUCCUUGCCAAGUAGUGCCGCUUGUGAGCUCCGGCAACAGAUGGCGGCGGCUACAUCCAGUGCAGACCUGAUAGGGUGGAGGCUCUGACGGGGAACCAGUUUCCAGAAUUUGUUCUCUCACAAGUAACCAGGAGAAGGGGUGGUCUGUGUGGCUUCAUUGAUAAUUUUCUGCCUGCGAUCUGGGAUUUAUCUCUUUUUACCUUUGUUUCCUGCUGGAGGCCACAGAAGCCUCGGGCUAGAUUUGGCGACACGCCGAGCCGAGUGCAGGAAGACAUCCUUGGGAUUGUUUGGAAAGUGCCGUAAAAUGUAUUUACCUGAAUUUGACAUUUUAAUGCUGUAACGCACUUGUUUUGUAGAGUCUGCUGUGUUUACAUGAUCGCAAAAAGGUCUAAUUAAUGUGGAGUAGAGAAAAGUUGAGGACGCAAGCUAACUAGUUAGCUAGCCUGCUAAGAUGCUAGUUAGCCACCUAGCAGCUGAACUCUAGCAUGUUGAAUGAAUGAAUGGAUGGACUGGAGAGAGACCGACUGCAUUUAAUUAACAACUGAUUUUUGUUAUCGAAAGACCCCUCGAGUAUAGCAUAAGGCGACGCCGAUUUUCUACAACAAGCUGCGCUUUCCUGGGUAACUGUUAAACUACUUACCCACAAAUGGACAGGAAUGCAGUUCCUGGGAGUUGGCGGACAGCUACGAAUUAGCACGCAGAGAUAGUGUUGUGCUUUCACUGACUGGUAAUGUUCAAGAGGCUGCUGCUGCUGGACGCUAACUUUAGCUAGCUACUGAUAUUUGCACUACUCGGACUUGGCUGCAAUAGUGUGAAGCUUACACCCGGCCUGGAAUGGGGAAUACGGUGUCAUGCUGCGUCUCACCCGAGUCGAGCCCCAAGCUACCGUCGAGACAACCGGCGGAGCGGCUGGAGGAGUUCCAGACCAGCACCGAAGUGAGCGAUGACAACACGGUGCCCUACCUGCAGCACAUCAGCGACAGAGAGGUCCCUGAUGAGCUGGCCUUGGAAUCGAACCCGUCGGACCAUGCCCGAGCAAGUACCAUCUUCCUCAGCAAGUCCCAGACAGACGUGCGAGACAAGAGGAAAAGCAACCACAUAAACCAUAUCAGUCAUGUAUCUCCUGGUCCGCUGUCUAAGAAAUACAGCUCCUGUUCCACCAUCUUCAUAGACGACAGCACCGUCAGCCAGCCAAACCUCAAAAGCACAAUCAAAUGUGUCACUUUAGCAAUAUUCUACCACAUCAAAAACAGGGACUCCGAUCGGUCGCUGGAUAUCUUUGAUGAGAAGUUGCACCCUUUAUCAAGAGAGCCAGUGCCAGACGACUACUCCCAUGCAGACCCGGAACACAAACUGAUCUACCGCUUCGUCAGAACGCUCUUCAGUGCUGCGCAGCUCACAGCAGAAUGUGCCAUCGUCACACUUGUUUACUUGGAGCGCCUGCUGACCUACGCUGAGCUGGAUAUCUGUCCCGCCAACUGGAAGCGCAUCGUCCUGGGAGCCAUCCUGUUGGCCUCCAAAGUGUGGGACGACCAGGCGGUGUGGAACGUCGACUACUGCCAGAUCCUCAAAGACAUCACUGUGGAGGACAUGAACGAGAUGGAGCGCCACUUCCUGGAACUUCUGCAGUUUAACAUCAACGUGCCCGCCAGCGUCUAUGCCAAGUACUACUUCGACCUGCGGCAGCUGGCCGACGACAACAACCUGAGCUUCCCUCUGGAGCCCCUCAACAACCAGCGAGCUCAGAAACUAGAGGCCAUCUCAAGACUAUGUGAAGACAAGUACAAGGACCUGAGUCGUGCUGCGAUGAGGCGGUCCUUCAGCGCAGACAACCUGAUCGGUAUACGACGCUCCAACGCUGUGCUGUCAUAGACCAGACUGCUGCCCUCAGCUCCCCAAAGCCCAGCCAGCCCCGGACAGCAGCACCAGGAAGGCUUCUGGCUUUAAACGCCACUCGGUGAUCUGCCCACACGGUAAUUUAACCCUACAGAGGUGCGCUACACCUGAAAUCCAGGUGUUUACCUAAAUGAAGAAACGUUCCCAUACAGCUGUUGUUUUUACAAAUCCCAUAUUUAUUUCUUACUCGUCCCGUAUUUUGAAGAAAAAGUGUUAAAUGGGAACGAUGGAGGUGAUCCAUGUGGAGCAGACUCGCUUAUUAAAACGGUUGAAUUAGUCCUUGCAGUGUUAAAGGACAAGCUGCUGUUGUUUUGGUUAUAAAUCCCAUAAAAAGACCAAACAUGUCUGUGGAUGUUCCUGCUCAGAAUGAAGCAACAAUGGAGACCUGAAAUGAGAGAGAUCAGUCUCCGUUUGAUCUUUUCCUGGGAUUCAUGAAUGACAAGAAAUCAAAAAUAUCACCAGACGUCGUCUUUUUAACCCUCCUGUUGUCCUCAUUUACAGGCACCAGAAAAUAUUGUUUACAUGUCUGAAAAAAUACAAGAAUUCAGCAAAAAAAAUUCCCCAAAUUUCUGAAAAUUUGCAAAACCUUCAGAAAGAAAAUUCCAAUAAUUCUUUAAGUUUCCCUUAAACGGUUUAUUUUAGAAAAGCCCCCAAAUUUGUCAAGAAAAUUCUUGUAAAUAUUUUUCAAAAAAUGAGUACAAAUCUUAAAAAAAAAUUCCUAAAAAUAUCUUAAGUGAUUACAUAUAUACCAGUAACACUUCUGGUAUUUUAUUUAAGAACAUUCACUUAAAAAUCAACCAAAAUCCAGCAAAUUGGGCUGGAUUUUGGUUGAUUUUUAUUUUUAUUUAUUUUUUUAAAUUUGUGAAUGUUCUUCAGAAACAUUCAUAACAUUAGUUUUUUUCCAUCGAUGUUCUAAGAUUUCCCAAAAAUGUUGAAAAUGUGGACAUCGGAAGUAUUACUGUGAAAACUUUUUUUCCCCCCACAUUUUCAAACUUCGAAACCGGUCGAUUUUGACCUGCAGGACAACAGGAGGGUUAAGAAGCUCAACAAACAUAAAAUACCUUUUUUGUAAUUUUGAGUUAAUACCAAAAGCAUUGGGAAGUAUGACUCAGACCUGUUUGCUGUCGAUGUUUCUUUAUGUCUGAGUAAAUUUUCUACCCACGUGGACGAUCAUUCAGCACAUAACACGUUAUUGAACUGUUAUUAAUCAGCAGGAAGUCAGAAAAAACCUUCAGUUAGCCGUCAAGAAAUCAGGAGUGCCAACUGGUGUCAUGCUGUGUAAUCCACUGACGAUGGAUUUACUGUUUCUGGAUCAGUCCUGCUGCUGAAGGGUUUGACAGAACGGUUAAUUUGGGGUCCAGCCUCAGUAUUGUGCCCCUCGAACCUGACCUCGCCUCGACGAAACCCGCCAACAGAUGACCGAUCUCGUGUUUGUCCCCGAGUCUCCAGACACUACAUAGAUCCUGAGGGGGGAGCGAAUAAAGACUGAUGGGCACUCCCCUCCUUUUUGCUUACUAUGUAGGCUACUAGCUGUGAAAUUUGUCUUGUUUUUAAUUGAGAAAAAAAGAAAACAUUUGCAGAUGGAGUAUUUUAAAUAAACACUAAUCAUGUAACAAAGA